GCACAGAGCGACGUUUAUAGUUUUGCUAGCUACGCUUAUUUUCUAUCGUUGAUAACACUUAAAUAAUAUUAAUAACAACCAGUUAGCUAAGAGCUAAUGGUUGAUAAUGUAGCUUAGCUUAAUUAGUUUGAGUUUAACUUUAGCUCUUUUUUUUUUGACACAAAGUCUGGCACUUUGUUUAUUUUUUUUCUUCCAAAUCAACUAGCAGCUCAUUUUUAGUUUUAUUUCCACUAAAACGUCAAGUGAAAAUAUUUUCAAGAGUGCAAAAAAAAAAAAAUUGCAAUUUUAUACAAAUACUUGACUGAAGAGAAUCUUAUGCUAAGCUGCUGUCAAGGUUUGUUUUUGUUUUUGACAGUUCAUUUGGAAGAAAAAGAAAAAGGGGAAAAUAAGGAAUUUUUUUAAAAAAAUAUACAGAGUUAUAAUUAUUAGUUUGCUUGUAUUUCACUCGCACUUUAUAAUAAUUUGCACCAAGAAUUUUUGUGCUUUAUUGUCAUUGUUAUUUUUGGCAGCUUGUUUUUUUCCUCACUUGUGUCUUAAAAAAAAAAAAGAAAGCCAGCCCAGAGAUUAGCUCCACAACUCGGUUAGCCAGAGCUAGCUCGCUGUGGACACGUCAUUUGGGAACCAACACUAUACUUACGACAAAAAAUCCUUUUCUUAAAAAAUUAAAAAAGCUUUUUUUUAAACAUUUGCACCACAAAACAUUGUCCCAUGCUGUCAGUGAGCUAGCUUUUGGGUUGUUUUUUCUUCUUAUUUUCAAUCUUCUAACCGGCACGGGCGAGAACAACAACAACAACAGCAUUUUCCGCUCAUUAUUUUUAUAUUUUAAUUUUUUACGUAUAUAUAUUUUCUUGUAACAUUACUUCCAUUACAUCGGUGUUAUUGUUGAACAUGGCCGCCAGCGGGAUGGUGCAGAUGUUGAUCGAGGCUGCUGAGUAUCUUGAUCGUAGAGAAAGAGAAGCAGAACACGGGUAUGCCUCAAUGUUACCGUUCACCAGCCACAAAGACAGAGACGGCGCCAAGCGGAAAAAUAAAAGCAAGAAAAAUUGCAGCAGCAGGUCUACGCAUAACGAGAUGGAGAAGAACAGGCGGGCACAUUUACGGCUAUGUUUGGAACGCUUGAAAUCCCUGGUGCCUCUGGGACCAGACUCCAACCGGCACACCACCCUUAGCCUACUAAUGAAGGCCAAGGAUCACAUCAAGAGGUUGGAGGAGAGUGAGAGGAAGGCGCAGCACACAAUAGAUCAGCUGCAGCGGGAGCAGAGGCACCUGCGCAGACGUCUGGAGCAGCUGGGAGUGGAGCGCACGCGCAUGGACAGCAUGGGGUCCACCUUCUCGUCAGACAAAUCCGACUCUGACCAAGAAGAGCUGGACGUGGACGUGGAGGGUACGGACUACCUGCUGGGUGACCUGGAGUGGAGCACCAGCAGUGUGAGCGACUCAGACGAGCGAGGCAGCCUGAGGAGCAGCUGCAGUGACGAGGGCUACUCCAGCCACGCCAGCCUGCGCCGCCUCGCCACCACUCAGGAGAAAACUCUCAGUCUAUAAGAGCACAACCACGCCCACCUGACCUCCGCCUCCAACACCUCUGACACCUCCACCACUCACUCGAUCGACCUCCAGCGCCGGAGCAUGACGUGACGAUGUGAAGUGCGAUCCGACAUAUGAAACGUUCCAGAAUAAGAGCGCUCGCGCGUUCUCUCGCUCUGUGACGCCUCGUAGGUACGAUCCAAACCGAAACGAAGGAAAAUAACGCAGUGUCACGUUCACGUAUCCGCUCCUCUUAAACCUUCCUACCUUCACUCUCCAAUCAUCCACAGAGGACGUCCGUCUCGUCGUCCAACUGGAUCCUCCCUACCUCGCUUCCAUCCUCCUCUUCUCCUCCUUUUCCGCUGAUGAAAAACGUGUUCUUAUCGUACCAGAGAAUGUUUCUCAUUACCACGCCCACUGCCUACACCGGCCCUCCUCCACCUUCCAUCAUCCACCAAAUCAGAUCAGAUCAGGACGUUCCAGACACAGGGCUAGGUCACCUGACUGGUCAGCUGACCUAUCACAGCAUGGAAUUUUGCACUUAAAAGCAGCCUCUCGGUGUAAGCCGGCCCCCUUCACCGCAGAUCCGAGAGCGAUGUACGUUUUUCUUUUUUUCCCCCCCGAGAUCAGCGCCAGAAGGUCGGCUUUUACCAAAGAUCACACAGCAGGAAUGUUUUUUUGUUUGUUUGUUUUUUAGGUUUUGUUUUUCUUUGGAUUACAAAAAUAUACAACAACAAAAGGAAAGGUGUACCACCACCACCAUCAUCAUCGUGAUCAACUUCUCGCUCCUCUGCUCUCCAGAGGGAUCGCAGCUACUCUAGUUCCAGUAUCAGGUGUAGUCUUUAAGCUCAUCUUAAAUUAAGAUAAUCUUCCUGCACUGUCCCAGCGUCCAGCCCCACCCUCCAAUCACCACCGAGCCAUGGGACGGUUACCUAGCAACAGUGUGAUGUGAUGUGAUGUCAUUCUCUUCGAAACCCACGACUGCUGCUCGACGACCGUUGGUGGAGGAGCACAGCGAGACUGUUUUCUCUCUCAAUCAACCUAACCUCACUAGCACCGCUGGACGCUAAUAUCUAAUGUCGGCGCUUGCUCAUUCAGCACCGUUUGAUCGAGGAGCUCGGGAUCAGGGCUAAGAGGUCGGGAUUAAGAUCCGAAUGUAACUAACGUCAAGCAGGGACACAUCGUUUGAGGAAAAGCCGGACAUCGCAAGGAGACGUCAUCGGGAUGUUUCGGUGCUGCUGAUGACAUGGCACCUUGAUGAUUGAUUAUUAUUGUUAUUAUUUUUUAUUUUUUUUAAAUGCAUAAACUGUCAGCAUGAGGAACGUAUCGCAUCGCAGCAUGAGAUUGUCACAGGACUGACUGGUGGAGUCGGGAAAUGAGAAAUAUUUUAAUUCGGGUCGUUCCGUCUCUUCCUCUCUGGUCUAAGGGUAGUGGUGCGAGUGUGUGUGGCGCUUUUUUUUUUGUUGUUGUUGUUGUUGUUGUUUUGUUUGGGCUUCCCCCCCCUUUUUGUGGGUCACCCCACCAACCCCGCCCCGCCCCUGAAAAAAAGGAAAUAAGCACAUUCCACUACUGAACAGGAAGUCAGUUAGCAUUAUUAUUAUUAUUAUUAUUAUUAGGUUCUCAGAAUUAUGGGAAGGCAAAAAAGGGCUUUGGUUUUGACCCAACAGGGCUGAACUUGUGUGUGUGUGUGUGUGUGUGUGUGUGUGUGUGUGUGUGUCACACGCCUGCCAUCCUUCUCCACCAGACGCAGAAACUUUAUCUUUUCAACAUCGCAUUUUAUGCAUAUAGUUUACAGAAAUAUAUCUAUCUAUACAUCUAAACGCAUCACAAAGUAUUUAUUUAAUCCAAAUGUCACAGAUAAAUAUAUAUACCUUUUUAUAAAACAAAACAAAAAAAAAAAGAGAAGAUUCUAUUAUCCUAUUUAAAGUCGUAGUUUCCUUAGUGGCUUCAGGCCUCAGUUAUCCCAGUGGGUUUGGUUUUAUUUUAUUAUUCUUCUAUUUUCUCUUGUUCUAAACGUGUCGUUUUAUUUCCACAGAUUAUUUAGUGUAUACGGAGAUGGAUUUAGAGCUCUGCUGUAUUUAGAUUAUAUUUGUGUACGUCCUGAAAUGACCUUGUGGUGUUACGGCUGUUAAAUGUGUUCGAUUUCUGUAAUUUUAAUUUGCAUAUAUGAAAAGUUCUUAUCUAAAUAUGUUUGUUUAUAAAACGAGAGAGAGAAAGCGACAGAAAUGUGCAUAAAAUAAAGUGUAACAGAAGGGAAAAAGUGAGUAAAAGGAAGAGUAGCGUGUUGUGUGGGGUGAAGUCGUCCCGAUGGUUGUCGGAGGGGGAAAAGCAUGUUGCCUGGAACAGAAACGUACGAGACGAGCAUGACGCUUCAGAGGCGUCUGAAUGUAGAUGUAGGUUUUAUUUAUUUAUUUUUAUUAGCACAGAGGCGAGACCGUGAAAAAAACACACACAAAAAAAACUUCGUGGCAUGAAAGAAAUGCACCAAAAAAAUUUUAAACAAAUAUAAACUUAAAAAAAAAAAAAAGUAGGAUUGUUUUAAUAUGUGGAAUUUGUGAUCAGUUUAUAAAUCAGCCCCGCCUUCCAACCACAUCCCAUCCCGUCCCACCCCCCUCAAAAAAAAAAAAGUACUGUGAUUUGAGAUGUAGCGCCGUGAUGAGACUGGGAAGGUGUGUGUGUGUGUGUGUGGGGUCACUGUCUACAGACAGAGAGAAAGGGUUUGGGACGAAGGUUUCGUUUUUGGUUUGGCGGUGUCGGUUCUUCAGAGCUGUUUGUAUGGAUAUGCUUUUGUCUUAUUUGUAUUUGUUAUGAGUAAAAGGUACAAAGUCCAUUUCCUUCCCAACAUGUCUAAGAACUGGUGUGGUGAUGAUGUUGGUCACACAGCACACUGAAAUCCACCCUGCCUUUUGAUGACCCCUUUAUCCUUUGUUGUACUUUAUUUGUGAAGUGUGUGAGCGUUUCGUCUCUCUGCCCUCCUUCAACACCAGCGCAGAGAGAGGAAAUAAAACACUCUGGAACAUUCUGUGAAGGGGGAAAAAAAAACAGGGCACGUUUGAGUAACGCAGGCUUUUACACCCAUCUGUGCAGAUUUGCGAGUCAUAAUCAUUAGCUGCAAUGCACAGGAUUUGCACAAACACCCUGCGUGGCUCGAGCGCGUCCCGGGUGCUGACACACAACCAUGGUUUCGCUUGAGAACAUCCCCCUCCCAUCCCCUCAACAAACACACACACACGCACUUUUUUUUUUUCUUCUCCUCUUCUUCAUUUUGAAAUCCUGUGCCACCUUCAACCCUGCAGCUAACAUCCAGGGCUCGUGAUGGAUGUUUGCCCUCCUUCGACGUGUACAUGUCCAGGGAGUGGCGGACUCUUCAUACCAAAAUGGCUGAAGCCUUAACGACGUCCAGACGUACGGACAUUUUAAAACAAAACGCAUGUACGAUCUGUUUCGGAAAGCAAACCCAUCACCAAGUCAUUCCCACUGAUUGUUACUGUGUCUCAGGUGUGUUCUCCAACUAACCAGACACACACUUUAAAUAAAAAAAAAAAAGCUACUGCCUCUAGGACAGCUACAUGUCUGUUUUUUGUUUUUCGUUCAAUCAAAAUAAAUGGGACGUUUUUACGCUGUUACUACUUUGUUUGGAAAAAAACAAAAAAAUAGAAAAUGCAGGCUGUUUGGAUGUCGCCAACUGAAUUGUGGUCAAAAACAAAUGGAGAAUCAAAACAUCAGCAACAAUAUGUACAUGUAUUGAGUUUGUUACUCUUUGCCUAGUAACAUCUGAAAUAAAAAACAAAGCAAAACACAA